AUGGCGGCAACAGAAGCGAACGUCAAUGGACCUGUUGCAACCGUCGAGACACGACGAACGAUCUCACCCUACGAUCUCUCUGCUGCGGAUAACCCAGGUGCUGUGAUUUCGCAUCCUCUACUAAAGGGGUCGAAUUAUGAAGAGUGGGCGUGUGGCUUGAAGACGGCUUUGUGCUCUCGCAAAAAGUUUGGCUUUCUUGAUGGGUCGAUUGAACGACCAACUGACGGAUCUCCUGACUUGGAGGAUUGGUUGACAAUCCAAGCUCUCCUUGUCUCGUGGAUUAAGAUGACAAUUGAACCAUCGCUCCGUUCCAGCAUUUCUCGUCGAGAUGUUGCAAAGGAUCUGUGGGAUAACUUGAAGAAGCGGUUUUCCGUGACCAAUGGUCCGAGGAUUCAGCAACUCAAGGCGGAACUGGCUUGUUGUAAGCAACGUGGACUUGCAAUUGAAGCAUACUUUGGGAAACUGAAUCGAAUUUGGGAUAGUAUGGCACACUAUCGUCCCAUUCGUACUUGCAAGUGUGGGAAGUGUGAGUGCGACUUGGGAACUACACAAGAACAGGACCGUGAAGAGGAAAAGGUUCAUGAGUUUCUGUUCGGACUUGACGAAACUUUUCGCACUGUUCGAUCGACUUUGGUGUCACGCUCUCCUCUUCAACCCUUGGAGGAAGUGUACAAUAUUGUUCGACAAGAGGAAGAUCUGAAAACCUCUGCGAGAACCAGUGACGAAACGUUGGAGGUGACGGCUCACGCGGUGCAGACUCGUGCUCGUGUGAAUCCGAUUCGUGGUGAUACGCAUGACACUUCUCUGAUGUGCAAACAUUGCCAUCGAUCUGGUCAUCCGUCUGAUAGCUGCUUUGCUGUCAUCGGCUACCCAGAUUGGUGGGGAGAACGCCCACGUGUCAGAACGAUGCAAGGAAAAGGUCGAGGUGGCUUCUCUGGUUCUGCAUCACACGGACGUGGUCGGAUGGUCAAUUACGCGAAUGCAGUUCAGGUUCCACCGGUCACUGCUCAGGAACAAGUGAAUUACACCAUCACCGACAAAGACAGAGAUGGUGUUAAUGGUCUUAACGAUUCACAGUGGCGUAUGCUGAUGAACCUGUUGAAUGCUGGUGCUAGCACAAGCACAGAGAAACUUUCUGGUACGUAUUUUCCCUCUUCUUGGAUGUUGGAUACAGGUGCAUCUCAUCACUUGACUGAAAAUUAUAAUUUGUUGAUAAAUGUUCGGAAAAUGGAUCCUGUGUUGAUUAUUUUGGCUGAUGGACGACAACGUGUGUCUGAAACUGAGGGUACAGUCGUGUUGGGUUCGAACUUGGUACUGAAAUCUGUGUUCUUUGUGGAAGAGUUAAAGUCUGAUCUGAUUGCGGUUGGACAGUUGAUGGAUGAGAACAACUGUGUGGUUCAACUUGCUGACAAAUUCCUUGUUAUUCAGGACCGCGUUUCGAGGACGGUGAUUGGAGCGGGUAAGCGAGACUCGGGGACUUUCCGCUUUUGCAAAACGGAGCUGGCCGCAUCGGUGGAGACUCAGAAUGCCAAGGCGUAUGAGUUGUGGCAUCACAGGAUGGGACAUCCUUCUCCAAAAGUUGUUGGUUCUUUGAAACAUGUUUCUGUUUCUGUUAAUUCCAAUGUUUCCAAUAAAGCGUGUGACGUUUGUCUCCGCGCAAAACAGACUCGAUCUCUGUUUCUAUCGAGUAUUAAUAAAACUACGCAAGCUUUUGAGUUAAUCCACUGCGAUUUAUGGGGUCCGUACAGAACAGUUUCACAUUGUGGAGCUCGUUAUUUUUUAACGAUUGUUGAUGACUAUACUUGA